AUGGGUUCGUCGCUAGCACAAAAAGUGUGGGGUGACCUGCUACGUGUUAGCUCAUGCGCACAUCGGAUAGCUCGUUAUUGGCUAUUGCGUAUGCCCGGUAUCUUGCUAGUAGACGAGAGUGGGGUUGUUGUUGGUGGGCAACGGAGAAGGCUAGCUACCCGUUGUUUACGCGUGGGAGGUAGGUUGAUGUGCCUGGCUGGAGUGAGGGAGUUGGUCGGUGGAAUGCUUGUGGUGUGGGCGAGAAAGGGAAGGGGUCGUUAUGGAAAGGUUUCAAGUGAGAGCGAGAGUUAUUGGAAAGGCUAUGGUGUGAGGGAAGAGUGGGUGAGAGAGAGAGGACUUGGGUGUGUGGAACUUGGCUACUUACGGGUGUGA